AUGAAGUCGCGGCAGGAGGAUGUCUUCAACUACUCCAUUCGCCCCACUGUCGACGAUAUUCUCAACGGAUACAACGGUACUGUCUUUGCCUAUGGACAGACGGGAGCAGGAAAGUCCUACACCAUGAUGGGAAGCGACAUGGACGAUGAAGUAGGCAAGGGAGUUAUCCCGCGUAUCGUCCAGCAGAUUUUUGCCAAUAUCCUCGCCUCGCCGAGCAAUAUUGAAUAUACCGUCCGCGUCAGCUACAUGGAAAUCUACAUGGAGCGCAUCCGAGAUUUGCUCGUUCCCCAAAACGACAAUCUGCCAGUACACGAGGAAAAGAGUAGAGGUGUGUACGUCAAGGGUCUGCUUGAAGUAUAUGUCUCGAGCGAAGAGGAGGUCUACGAGGUUCUGAGGAGGGGUGGCUCCGCACGAGCCGUCUCAGCAACGAACAUGAACCAGGAGUCGUCGCGAUCGCACUCUAUUUUCGUCAUCACAGUCAACCAAAAGAAUGUCGAGACGGGCUCGCUGAAGAGCGGUCAGCUCUUCCUGGUCGAUUUGGCAGGUUCCGAAAAGGUUGGCAAGACGGGCGCAAGUGGACAAACGUUGGAAGAAGCCAAGAAGAUCAACAAGAGUUUGAGUGCCCUUGGUAUGGUCAUCAACUGCUUGACCGACAGCAAGACGCAGCACAUUCCCUAUCGAGACUCUAAACUCACCCGUAUUCUUCAGGAAUCGCUAGGUGGUAACUCGCGAACCACGUUGAUCAUCAACUGCUCUCCAAGUAGUUACAAUGACGUCGAAACAUUGGGCACGCUCCGAUUCGGUAUGCGAGCAAAGACAAUCAAGAACAAGGCAAAGGUCAAUGCCGAGCUGAGUCCGGCUGAGCUCAAGGCGAUGCUCAAGAAGGUCCAAGGCCAGGUCACUACCUUUGAAAACUACAUUGGCCAACUAGAGAGCGAAGUAACACAAUGGCGUGGAGGAGAGACGGUACCAAAAGACAAGUGGAUACCACCGCUCGAGACUAGCACAGUUUCUCACAAGAAGUCGUCCUCGUUGGCACGGCCGGCGACGCCAUCAAGAGUGGAAUCGACAAGAAAUGCGGAAACACCACGUCCGGACUCUAGAUUAGAUCUGGACCGCGCAGGAACACCGAGCAUACCGCUGGACAAGGACGAAAAGGACGACUUCCUGCGAAGAGAGAAUGAGUUGCAAGACCAGGUCGCCGAGAGGGAGUCGCAGCUCGCAAAGGUUGAGGAUCAGCUCAAGACUGUCAAAGAUGAGCUGCAGUACUACAAGGACCGCGACGCCAAGACCAACAAGGACAAUGAGCGAAUCACCCUCGAACUCAACGAGAUGAAGAUGCAAGUUGAGAAGAUCCAAUUCGAGGGCAAGGAGGCGCAGAUCACCAUGGAUGGACUCAAGGAGGCCAAUGCUGAGCUCACUGCUGAGCUUGACGAUGUCAAGCAACAGCUCCUAGACGCAAAGAUGAACGCCAAGGAGACAUCUGCUGCCAUGGAUGAGAAGAAGAGGAAGAAGGCCGAAGCCAUGGCGCAGAUGAUGGCUGGCUUCGAUCUUGGUGGUGAGGUCUUUAGCGACAACGAGCGUACCAUACGCAAGAUCAUCGAGCAGCUCGACCAGCUUCACGAGAUGAGCUCAGCAGGCGAGGCAAUCGCACCGGAUGCCAUCCAAGAGUUGCGCGAAAAGAUUGUCGAGACUCAAGGCAUUGUGCGACAAGCAGAGCUUUCCCUAACUGCACGAAGUGAGGAGGACACUGCACACGCUAAGCGCCGCGAAGCACUCGAGGCACGCUGCGACACUCUGCAAGCUCAGUACGAGGAGCUCCUCGAGGGUAAUCUCUCUGAGCAAGACAAGGAGGAGGUCAAGGCGCGACUUGCUGAUGCUUACUCGGCUCGCCAAGAGGGUAAUCUCGAGCUUGUUGAAACCCUCAAGCAGGACACUGCGCGUCUCGUUGAAGAGGCCAAGAAGCUCCGGGCUGAGAACGAGAGUCUCCAGUCGCGCAUCAAGAGCGGCGCUAUUGCCAACGGCGUUGCCAACGGCAUCAACGGCAAGACUGUGCAGCAGCAAAUUGCCGAAUUUGAUAACAUGAAGAAGAGUCUCAUGCGUGAUCUGCAGAACCGCUGCGAACGGGUUGUUGAGCUCGAGAUUUCGUUGGACGAGACACGCGAGCAAUAUAACAAUGUGCUCCGUACAUCGAACAACCGCGCACAGCAGAAGAAGAUGAUGUUCCUCGAGCGCAACCUUGAACAGCUCACCGUUGUUCAGCGCCAGCUCGUUGAGCAGAACAGCUCCUUGAAGAAGGAAGUUGCCAUUGCAGAGCGUAAACUCAUUGCCCGCAACGAGCGGAUACAGUCGCUCGAGAACCUUCUCCAAGAUUCACAAGAGAAGCUUACUGCAGCGAACCAUCGCUUCGAAGCCCAACUCACGGCUGUCAAGGAGCGUCUCGAAGCCGCAAAGGCAGGUUCAACACGCGGUCUCGGCUCGCCCGCCAACGGCGCUUCCUACGCUGGCUUUGGCGGCGUCGGCUCUCGCAUCGCCAAGCCCCUUCGUGGCGGCGGUGGUGCCGUUGCGGACGGCCCUGUGCUCCCAGUCAUUGGCAAUCUCCAGAAGCAGGACGGCGAUAACGGCAGCGAUUCAAGCAAGGGCAAGAGGACAAGUUGGUUCUUCAACCAGCGAUAG